AUGAGUGGCGGCCAUUUGAGCAAGGAGUUUUUCGAGCUGGUGAAGAGCAUUGGCGAGUCACGCUCCAAGCAAGAGGAGGAUAAGAUCAUUGUUGGAGAAAUUGCUAUUCUGAAGCAGCACCUCAGUGCGCCCAACAUUUCGGCCAAGAAGAUGAAGGAGUACAUGAUUCGUGCAGUUUAUGCAGAGAUGCUCGGACACGAUGCUUCCUUCGCCUACAUUCACGCCGUGAAGCUGACGCACGAGAAGAACCUCUUUGCAAAACGGAUUGGCUACUUGACUUGCAAUCUUUUCCUUCACAAAGACCACGAGCUUAUGCUGCUACUGAUCAACACCAUGCAGCGGGACUUGCAGAGUGCCAACCACAUUGAGGUGUGUUCUGCCCUUGCGUCCGUUUGUCGACUUGUGAAUUUGGAAAUGAUUCCAGCAAUAUCACCCUUAGUCUUCAAACUCUUAUCUCAUCCGCAAGAGGCCGUUCGGAAGAAGGCAAUCGUAGCCGUCCACAAGUUCUUCAAAAUUGUUCCAGAGGCAGUUUUGGACCAGAAGGACCAGAUUCGAAAAGUCCUGUGCGAUCCAGAUCCCUCAGUUAUGGGUGCAUCACUCCAUGUGCUGUGUGAGAUUGCCAAAGCUCAUCCCGCGUCUAGCAAAGAUUUGGUGCCUUCAUUUGUGAGCAUUCUGAAGCAGAUCACUGAGCACCGACUUCCUCGCGAUUUUGAUUAUCAUCGGAUGCCUGCACCGUGGCUCCAGGUGAAGCUCCUCUCCAUUCUCAGCAUUCUUGGAACUGCUGACAAAGCAGCUUCAGAACAUAUGUACGAGAUCCUACAGGAAUGCAUGCGGCGAGCUGACAGUGGAGUCAAUGUGGGCUAUGCGAUCAUCUACGAAUGUGUCAAGUGCAUCACGAGAAUUUUUCCUGAUCAUGGCCUCCUGGAGCUUGCUGCAUCCAACAUAUCUAGGUUUAUCUCCAGCGAAAAUCACAACUUGCGGUACUUGGGUGUCACUGGAUUGGCUCAAAUUGUGCAAGUGAACCCGGCUUAUGCCGCAGAGCAUCAGAUGGUGGUGGUAGACUGCUUGGAGGACCCUGAUGAGACUUUGAAGCGAAAGACGUUGGACCUGCUUUUCAGAAUGACAAAUCCACAGAACGUUGUGGUGGUGGUUGACAAACUGACUUUUCAUCUGCGAACCAGUGUUGACUCACACCUUCGGAGGGACUUAGUUCAGAAGAUCACAUCGCUGGCAGAGCGGUUUGCUCCUGACAAUGAAUGGUAUGUCAACACCAUGAACACAGUGUUCGAGCUGAGUGGGGAACUGGUGCCCGCAGAGACCGCGUACAACCUUAUGCGCUUGGUGGCCGAAGGUGCAGGGGAGGAUGAGUCAGCAGACACAGCCUUCAGGGUUUUUGCUGUCAAUACCUACCUCAAGCUCCUCGAGAAGCCGACUUUAUCGGACAUUUUGGUUCAGGUCAUUGCCUGGGUACUUGGUGAGUAUGCUAGACUGGCGACGAUCGAUGGUUACACGAUUGAAGACAUUGCUGACCUUCUCUCUGAAUGCAUCGAGCGCCCGUUUGAGGAUCCAUCCACGCGAGGCUACCUUGUCACAGCGCUCUUGAAACUUAUUGGGCAGCAUGGCCUCAAAAGCACGACAGCAGAAGAUAUCAUCCGCAGUUAUCGGUCAUCUCGAAUGACGGACUUGCAGCAACGUUGCUACGAGUUCGAGCAACUUCGACAGUCCCCAGCCCUUAUGCGGAAGGUGCUUCCAUAUGAUGCCUCCUGCGAGGAUAUUGCUGUCAACAAGGAUCUCACCUUCUUGGAAUCGUUUGUUCGGCAAAAGCUGGACGAAGGUGCAAAGCCAUACCAAAAUGCCUCCGAGCGUGCUGCUCGAGCGCAGACACAGAAUGUGCCAAAGGCUGAGGUGGAAACGAAGCCAUCCCUAAACUUUAUGCCCUAUAUUGGACCUACCAAACCCCAACAACUACCAGCAGACAACUCAAUCCAGAUGGAAGACAAGUCAGAAGUCUUGCGCGAGCACAUCUGA